GACAACAUUUUGAUAUUGAAUCCAACAGGAUGGAAGGAGUCAGAUAUGUAUUUUCCCUGUUAGAAAACCAGAAGAUGAAACCAAUCGAAUGAAUUUCGUCGUCUUCUCUCUUGCUGCUUUGCUUCGAAAAACUCGUCUAUAGAAAUUCUCAGUAUUUUCCUCUCUCCAUACCAAACACUUGCAGAAAGCAAGCACAUAGAUAUCCCAUCGUGUUAGGCAACAGGAUGUUGGAAUGGGGAGGGCGGAGACUUCAGACCCUAUGCUUCAGACAGAGGAAAGGUCCGCCAUCAAAACGAUUUGUGUUAAAUACAAAGUAUCAAAGUGUUUAACCAGUAAAGGGCUUAUUUUUGAGAGGCAAUGGAGAUGAUGAUCUCCAAUGGUGUGGACUAUAGGUGAAGAGGAACUAGCCUUCAUAGGGGACUAAGAGAGCUACAUCAUAAUUACAGAGGAACCUAUGGACUCUACCAUGUUGAUCUGGAGGAUGCUUCAUAUGUAUGUGGUACUACAGGGGGCUGUUAGGUCCUGUUAUGCCCACAGCCUUUUUACCUGUGAACCUAGUAGGGUGCAGUGGUGCCAUGGCAUGCCGUACAACAUGACUUUCUUCCCCAACAUGUUGGGACACUAUGACCAAGACAUUGCAGCAGUGGCAAUGAAGCAAUUCAUGCCCCUUGCCAACCUCCAGUGCUCCCCAGAUGCUCAUCUCUUCUUGUGUCAGGCAUUUGUCCCUGAAUGUAAUGAGCCCACAGUGGUGUUGUCACCAUGUCGGGAGCUGUGUGAGAGAGUCCACUCAGACUGUAAAAUGGACAUGCAGGUCUUCGGUUUGAGCUGGCCCCCUGAACUACAGUGUGACAGGUUGAAUUACUGUCAGAACUCACUUGAUGGGUCUAUAGUGUCCCCCACAAAGCACGUGACCACACCCAAGAGCUCACCCUCAUCAAAGCGGGACCUAGGUUUCUGGUGCCCAAUGCAGCUUAAGACUCAACCUGGACAAGGUUCUUCAUUCCUGGGAGCUCAAGAUUGUGCCCCUCCAUGUGAAAAUAUGUACUUAAAGCCACAUGAAAUUAAGUUUGCCAAGACAUUCAUCGGCGUGUGCUCCAUUGUUUGCUUGUGUGCCACGCUUUUCACAUUCCUCACUUUCCUCAUUGAUGUUAAACGUUUUCGCUACCCAGAGCGACCAAUAAUCUUUUAUGCAGUGUGUUACAGCUUUGUGUCACUCAUCUACUUUGUUGGUUUUUUGCUGGGCAACAGGGCUGCUUGUAAUCAGUCUCUCCACCCAGGAGGUGUGGGAACGGUUGUCCUUGGUGCUCAAGGCAAUAAGGCAUGCACACUGCUCUUCAUGCUGCUAUACUUCUUCUCCACAGCAGGAAUUGUGUGGUGGGUCAUUCUCACAAUCACCUGGUUUCUGGCAGCAGGGCCCAAGUGGAGCUGUGAAGCCAUUGAGAAGAAGGCUGUGUGGUUCCACUCAGUGGCAUGGGGCCUACCUGGAGCACUCACCAUCAUCCUUUUGGCCCUAGAUAAGGUGGAGGGGGACAGCAUCAGUGGUGUGUGCUUUGUGGGGCUCUAUGACCUUGUCACGCUGCGCUGGUUUGUACUUGCACCAUUGUGUGUGGGUGUGCUCACUGGCCUGGCUCUGCUGCUGGCUGGCAUUGUCUCUCUCAAUAAUGUGCGGCAGGUGAUCCAGCAUGAUGAGCAAAACCAAGAGAAGCUGAAAAAAUUUAUGAUACGCAUUGGAGUUUUUAGUGGCCUCUACCUACUGCCGUUGCUCACACUCUUAGGCUGUUAUCUUUAUGAGCAAGGCCGACGAGAAGCCUGGGAGCAUAGCUGGAUCAAUGACCGCUGCCGUGACUUCAGCAUUCCCUGUUCCCACAAGAGAACGGAGUUUGAUUGGCCUGACCUGUCCUUAUUUCUGAUCAAAUACCUGAUGACUCUGGUAGUGGGCAUAUCUGCUGUUUUCUGGGUCAGCAGUAAGAAGACUUGCUCAGAAUGGGCUAUCUUCUUUAAGCGGACACACAAGAAAGAUGCAAUCAACGAGAGUCGCCGAGUAUUGCAAGAGUCUUGUGAAUUCUUUUUGAAGCACAACAGCCGUGUGCAGCACAAGAAGAAGCACUACAUGCCUAACUCCCACAAACUUAAGGUCAUAUCAAAAUCCAUGGGCACCAGCACUGGUGAGCCAAUCCCUGCACCCACUGAUAACCAAGGUGAUGAUCUUCUCAUUACCCAAACUCUUGGGAACCACCAAGCCAGGAAUCAGACUGCAUUCUCAAGGACACAAAGUUCCUCUGAGAUGUCAGGAAAAGACCAGGUGGAGAGGCCUAUGUCUAGGAGAAGUGGUAAAGGCCCUGUUGGACAGGCUAUGGCUGCUCACUUAAGCUCAGAGAAGCAUAACAACACUGGAAGCUCAAGCAAAUUCAGCAGUCAGUCUGAGAACUUCCGAAAGAUUUCAGCAGGAAGUGUGAAACCGAGAGUAGAGUUUCCAGAAGAUAUGCAACCAUCUCUCCAUGGCAUUCUUCACAGUAGUAGCGAGAGCCCUUUGCCAAGAAGUCAGGAUCAAAGGAGCAGUUGUUCUACUCUUCCCAAAAUGCAGACCUGAACCCAACCUUCAACCCCGGAACCUGUACAAACCUCAACCCUAUGUGUAUUUGUAAGAGCCCCUCCAAAACUGCAGCUGCAUGAAAUGUCAACUGCUGGAAUUUUAAAUCAUUAUUGAUAUAUUGGAGCAUUAUUUGUCUUAGUCAAAUACCAAAAUUCAGCACUAGUAGCCUUCAGAACAAUGGGGACUUAUAUGGUGAUAAUUAUAGCUGUAGUCAAAGGUGUGAUGUAGCAGUUUUCUUCCUGCUGACCAUUUACAUGGCUAUGUAACGCCUGUAAAGCAGUGGUUCCUGAUGUAUGGGGCUGGGUCCCAAGGGUGUGGGGGUGUGAAAAAAUGUAACGAGAAGUCUUAAACAACUACUGGUCAAAUUAAACUACUGGUCUGGGGAGUGAUGGAGAAGUACUAGCGUUGCCACGCGUGUACUAAAUCUCACUCACUUUAUUUUACAUUACAGCUGCCUCUAUAAUUAUUGCCACUCCUGGUAAAGUUGAGUAAAAAGAUGUAUACAAUUAUCCUGAUUAAUUUUAGUAAACACACACACUCAAAACAAUGAGGGGGGAAAUGACCUGACUGAGACUGAGAUAAUCAUCACAGAAGUUUGAUUUUGUGCUCAGUAAAGGGGAAAAAGUUGGAGAAACAAACAGCCCAUCAGUAGGCAUGGGGUUGAUAUUGAGUUUAUUUGUAUUCAGUUCAUCAGUCAUCUUUCAAUGUAUGCCGAACCCGCCUUGAGUGUUUGUUACCAAAAUUUGAAGCUGUGUCACCUUAUUUUUUUAUAUCUUAGUGAAACAUUGUCAUGAUUUACUGCUUGAAGGUUCAUAGACACAAAUAACUUAAAAAACAUAUUUUUACUAAUUUUUACCAAGGGUUCCAAUAAUUGUGGAGGGCACUGUAUGGCAAUGCAUAGCAGCAGAGUAGCCUACUAGCCUAACCAAUGAUGAUGAGUUCAUAGCUAACUUUGUACUUAUACAUAAUGUUGGUUGGCCUAACGUUUAGCAGGAUAAAAGACAAAAGUUCAACAGAGAAAAUUUUAUUAAUUUAAAUAGUUUGGAUGCAGAAAUAAUGUUAAAGAAAAGCUAUGCAACAGCCGAUGGACAUGUUGGCUAUAUGAGCCUCUCCAUUGUGGUGCUGGGUGUGUGUGGGGGUGGGGGUGGGGGGGGGGGGGGUUGGGUGGAAACCACUGCUGUAAUGCCUUAAAUAGACGAAAUAUUUUUCAUAUAGCGUAAUAUUUCUUGUGAGAGAGUAAUAGGUAAAUGAGCCUCAUUAGCUUUAAGGGACCGUGUUCUGGCCACCCUAAGAAUGGCCUGGAGAUGGGAAUCGCUUCAUCUAAAUAUGCCUUGAUUUAUUGAUGCUUAUCAUUUCAGCUUUGUUUGUAUACUUCCAAAGAGACACAAACAAUGGACAGUUUGUGAAGGAGUUAGGUAACUCUUAGAAAUUCUAUAAUUUCUGGUUCACUUUUGUAUUGGAAGGAUACGCCUUGAAGUCAAAAAUGGGUGGUCAGACUCUUGCUGCAAGUUUGGAAUGGCAGGGUUACACUGUGCCUUCAUUUGGAAACUCCUGAUGGUAAAUCAUAGAAUUUGUUUAGGGCAUUUCCCCUUUCAUCUGGCAAGUCUCUGACACAGUACAUGACAACAUUGUCUCAGUUUGCCACGAAAACAUGGGUUCAAGUCAUUUCAUGUAUGUUAUUGAUAAAUUUCAUCAUGACUGAUUAAUAGAAAUGUAUGUUGAUUUUUGAAAACAUGUUUUACUUUUAUAUAUAUUUUUGUGUAGUCCCAUUUCUUAUUUCAAAAUGCUUUGUGCAACUAUUUUAAUCAUGCAAGCCUUUUAAGGACAUUUCUGUAGCCUGCUAGAUAACCUGACUACUACUCACGUAAUGGGCACUCAGAACCACUAACCGACUUUAGAUAUGGAUUAUUAUAUCAAGCAGGCCAGCACUUGUUUGUUUAGCUUCACUCCCACUGUUCUUUAUGUUUAAUGUAGUGUGUGUGGGGGGGGGGGGGGGGGGGUUGUAUGACAGAAUUCUUGAAUUAUAGUCAGACAUGCCACAGGUAGGGUUUUUUUGGUAAAAUUGUCAUUUUCUAAAGUGCUUUGUUUUGUCUUUUUUAUUAAAAGUACGUCAAGUUUCACA